AUAAUCCACUAUUAUUAUGAUAACACAAAUUCAAAAUCAGAAAUGGUAGUGAAGUGGCGGGCGUCUUCUAAAUACGAUAAAAUUAUUAAAAAGCUGUGCCUGGUUUACAUGAAUUAUUGACAGUCCAAUGUUUUGUGACAUUAACUAUCAUUUCUUAUUCUUGUUUAUGGUGAAUUUGAGGCAGCGUAGCGUACAUGUGGGUUAGUUGUCCAAUUUUUACACAAUAUGACAUCUACAAAUAACUUGCUCAAAAUUUAGUAUAGUUUUAAAAAAUUUAAUUAAUUUCAAAAAUAAAUAAAUAAUAUUUUUAGGUAUAUAAUUACUUUACUUUGUAUUCUAUUUUGCUGUCGUAAAUUACAGUUUUAACUGUUGUAAAAGAAUUUUCAUUAAGUUUAAAUUAAAGUGCUGUGACCAACAGUGGUUAGUCCUUAGAGGUUCAAUUGAGGUCGGUCAAUAGGCGGUCAUUGUUUGCUCUUGUGGAUGAUAUUUUUAUAAUUUUCUAUUCUUGAGUGGAUCUUCAGGGUGGCUGUUGCGCACAGCGUUUUAUUUAGUAAUUUGCCAAAAUAUCUAAUUUGAACACUGAACAAGUACAAUGCCCGGCCCAAUUGCAAAGCGAUUCGAAGAUUGGGAGAAUGCAUGGGCGACGAACAGAACAGGAUGGCAUAAAUCUCACGUUAACACGAAUUUAAAAGACAACAUUGAAUUUUUAACGGAUGGUAAGAAAGCUUGCAAAAUCUUGGUACCAUUCUGUGGCAAGACACUUGAUCUUUUAUGGCUUGUUGAAAAUGGUCAUAGCGUCAUAGGUGUUGAACUAAUUCAAAAAGCUGUUGAUGAUUUUUUUCAAGAAAAUAAAAUCUCAUAUAAAGUGAAAACAGUAGAAGAUUACCAAUGUUUUGAGACAUUUGAUGGAAAAUUAACAAUAUUUGUUGGUGACUAUUUCAAAUUCAGCAGGUUAGGUUUGCUUAUAGGUGGAAAAGUGGAUGGCAUUUGGGAUUGUAAUGCUUUAGGAGCUUUAGUACCAAGUUAUUGGGAUAGACAUCUUAAGACGUCUUUGGAACUUCUUGAUCCUUCUCACGGUCGAAUUUUAAUGCAAGCUUUUUUAUAUGACGAUAAAGCACAUCCAGCUGGUCCUCCAUGCUCUGUUUCACAAGAAGAGCUGAAACGUCGGCUGGGAAAUGAAUACGAGAUACAACUAUUGAGCAAAGAAUCAGAUGAGGUGGCGCGCGAACGUUUUAAAAAACCCUGGCUUUAUGUCUGUGUUACUGGAAUAAAGAGGAACGUGUCUGCAUAAAUAUUUCUAUGUCCAUUCACUAAAUUGACCUCUUCCUUACAAAAAAUAUUAAAUAAAAUGCUUACUUAUAUCUCAGGAA